AUGUUAGCAUAUGGCAUAGCAGCUGAUGCUGUUGAUGAUUAUAUGCGCAUAGGCGAGAGCACUACAAUUGAAUGCUUGAAAAAAUUUGUUGAAGGUGUUAUUUCGGUGUUCGAUGAUGAAUACUUGCGAAAACCAAAUUCAAAUGAUAUUUUGAAACUGCAUACAAACAUAAGGCUUCUAAUAUCUUCUUUAGAUCAAGAUGAAGGUGAAAUGAAGAAAUUUACUAAUUGGAUACUUGAUGUUAGAAAUGGAAAUAUUGGUUCUGUUGUUGGGGAUGAAUCAGAAAUUGAAAUUUCAGAUGAUCUAUUGAUUACAACUACUGAUGACCCUCUCUCUUAUUUGAGUAGGGCAAUUCUUGCACCCACGCUUGAGAGUGUUGAGAAGGUAAACGAUUUUGUCUUGACAAUCUUUUCAGGGAUGGAAAAGGAGUAUUUGAGUUCUGACACAACAUGUCAAGCUGAUGAGAAUGAAGAUGUACAACAAGAGUGGUUUACACCAGAAUUCCUAAAUGACAUCAAAUAUUCGGGACUACCCAAUCACAAGUUGACUUUGAAGCCAGGAGUUGCUGUAAUGCUACUGCGAAACAUAGACCAGACUUCAGGUUUAUGCAACGGGACAAGAUUAAUAGUUAACGAACUUGGCAGCAACGUAAUUAGAGCAACGGUAGUGACCGGUAGAAAUAUUGAAAAUAAAGUGUACAUUCCAAGAAUGAACUUGAUUCCUUUCAGAUUCAGGGUUGCCAUUUAA